AUGUCACCACAGGAUGCUGAUAAUUCUUCAGACAUCUUGUCAUCGUCGUUGGAAGAAAGUGAUGAGAGCCGACAGGAGCGAGGUGUUUCUGAGUCGUACUUCUUGGAGAGGUUUGAUGAAGAUCCAGCGGUCGAAGAUUCAGCGGUCGAAGAUUCAGUGGCCGAAAAUCGACGAUCAAAUGCCUCUAUAGGUACCGUGUCGACUGCAAUGUUGGUCGACCCAGAGGCUGUGAAUUCAUCGAGAGAGAAAUCUUCGUCGUCCAAUGUCUAUAGCGAAGAGAAGGAACCAAACAUUGAGGAAGCGAUGAGGUUGCUAAAAAGAGAAGCAGCAUCAGCUAAUCCACGCGUAAGUUACGUGGGAAUAUCAUCUGCGGAUGGAUUUGAACCACACGCGUACAAUAUGCCCCGGAAGGUUUCGCAAUCCUCGAUCGAGAGCGCCAAUCGUGGUAAAGUGCCUCGCAGUCCAUCGUUACUGAGUAAUAUACUGGUACCAUCACCAAAUGAUGAAGGUGCCAAAUCCAUUCCAGCCCUAAGAUCAGUGUCAGGUAGUCAUCAGGUGUUGUGGAAACCCAGAAGGCUAUCUAUUCAACCGGUAGUCGAGUUGAAAACUGAAUCGCUGACAUCACCUGAACGAGCACGAAUUACCAAGAUUAGCGAUUCACAGAUGGAACUGACCAUCGACACAUUGAGAUCAUAUCAAAGAGACAUUGAAGCCACGGCUGGCCGUGGCACAGAUACCCAUAUUGAUAGCAUACCCGUACAACAUAUCGAUUCAUCGUCGAUACGAUCAUUUGACUCUAAGAAACAUGGAUUUUUUGACAUUUACAGCAUUCCCAGAAUCAUUGGAGUAAUUUUAUUUUGCAUAGUGAUACCCCCAUUAUUCUUCAUGAUCGCUUCUGGUGAAGGUGUUUCAAACUAUCGACUAAUGCGAAUGAUAAUGAACUCAAACCACCGAAUCAAACUGAUGAAGGGAUUCAUUUGGGAUAUCGAUAUCAGUUGGUUCAGGUACAUGUGCCUAAUACUGGGAGUCCUGGAGACUCUCGGAAUCUUGGCCUGUAUUGGCAGUGGUAUCGGAGUUGGUAUCACGCGUGAAAUCGGUUCGCAUAGUUAA